UCGGUUUGUGUGUUAUACAGUAUAAAAAAAAACAGUUCCAUAACAAACUAAUGAAAAGAAUUCAAAAACAGUUAGACUCUGUUGUAUAGCAAUAUAAAUAUGUCUUCUUUAUUUGUAAAUAUAAUUAAUUUGGAUGAAACCAAUAAGUAUGUUAUAUGCUCUCUACGAACAACAAUUGUUUUAUUUGUUUGUCAAUAUGUAAAAGCUCCAGUUAUUCUUGUGGUAUCUAAAAAAAUAGAAGAUAAACAUCAUACAUUCAAAUUCUCUGUAAAAGAUCUAAGUUAUAAAAUUAUAACUGAAAAUGAAUUACCCAAACCAGCAGCAGAUUGUUUAUUGCCAGCAUUUCAAAGUGAUAACGGAUAUUAUUGUACUGCAGGAUUUUGUUCAUCAUUACGAAUGCUCAUAAAAAGCAUUGAUAAACAUUGGAUUUGGCUACUUGGUUUUAGACUAAGUUGCUUAUCUGCUUGUGCAGAAGUUUCAUCAUGGACUAAAUAUUGUGAAGUUGAAUUACAAGCAUCAAUAAAAUCACUUUUUGAUUAUCAACUCACUGAUAAAAAUGUUCCAUUUGAAAUUCCUAUACAGUUAGCACGAUUUGAAUGUCAUCUAUCUCAACCUCUACAAAUACAUAAUAUUAAUAAACGUCUAAAUGAAAAAUCCCUCCAUCCUACUCAAAGAUUUGCAGAUGAGAAUAACCCAACAUUAUCAGACUUGCUAAUAUUACCAAAUAUCUUUAUUACUUAUGAAUUACUAGGAGAAAAUGUAAUGAAUACAUUUUUACCAUUAACUUUAAAAUGGUAUAAAUCUGUUCUUGAACGUUUAAAUAUUGGAAGUUGUUUGAAGAGUAUAAUUUUCAAAAAAAUUAAAUUAUCGAAUAAUGUUUUCUUGCCAGAAGUUCCACUGCAUUCUCUAUACAAGUGUGAUUUACGCCGAUAUAAUCCACGAGCAAAGACAUAUGUCAAACAAAAUGUACAAGAUAUUAUUCAAAUAUUUGAUUCCAUAAAUAUAAACAUAGAUUUGUGCUCAAACAACAUACAUCCUAUCAACUGGGAUGAUUUACCUUAUGAAGUUCGCCCAUGUGGGGGUGACAUACCUAAUAAAAGAUUAAUUAGAAAAACACAACAAUUGGAAAAUCUUAUUCAUUCUACAUUAAAGGUUGCAAAAGAUGGUGACAUAGUUGUAGAUUUCUGUUGUGGAAGUGGCCAUUUAGGAAUUGUAAUUGCUUAUCUUGUUCCUACCUUAACAGUAAUAAUGGUUGACAACAAAGAAGAAUCUUUACGAAGAGCUAAAGACCGUGUUGAAAAAUUAAACUUAAAAAAUGUUAUGAUUGUUCAUUCAAAUUUAGACUAUUUCAAUGCUAACUUCCAGGUAGGAUUAUGUUUGCACGGAUGUGGAAUAGCUACAGAUUUAGUUUUAGAAAAAUGUCUAUUACAAAAUGCAGCUUUUAUAGUGUGUCCUUGUUGUUAUGGAGGAGUCCAAGAUAAUCAUAUUUUGGAGUAUCCUCGAAGUCGAGCAUUGAAACAAGCUAAUUUUUCAUUUGAAGAUUAUUUAGUUCUGUGUCAUUGUGCAGAUCAAACCCAUUUUGAUCCAAACUGUACUAAAACACAACAGGGUUAUACAUGCAUGGCAGCUGUUGAUAAAGAUCGUGCAACCAGAGCAAUAGAAGUUGGUUAUAGUGUAACACUAUCAAAAUUAGAACCACCUACAUGUACACCAAAAAAUAACAUGCUCAUUGGAAUCCCUUCAUAGAAAUAAAAGCAACAUAAUAUUAAACA